AUGAAAUCAGACGCGUACGGUAAAAUUUUCCUUUGGCCACCUCUUUUCGUUACUUACGCUCCCAUCCUUUUCCUUUUGAUGGCGAUGCUGUGUUGCAGAAUUCCACUGGAUCGUGUCAGCCGCUGGGUUGCCACAAAUGCAUUUUCCGAUAUAUUCAAGGAGAAGAAGAGGAAGACUUGUUGUCCUAGAGAAACAAAGUGGCUGUUUAAAGACAUUGAUAUGACAGAUGAUGAGGAAUUAUUAUCCAAGGUCCGAACCAGAUUUUUGAUGCUGUUUUAUGUGAUGUUUGGCUUAGUGCUGACAAUUUUUUGGCAGCUGCUUGUGCGGGAUGUAAGUUACGACUGCGAUGAAGAUGACCUCUCGAAAGACUGCUUCGAACGCAAAUGGAGUUUGAAGCCGCAAGAUCCCCUAAACUGUAGCAGUGCUGCCGUUCAAAAUUUGAUUCGAAAUGGAACCAUACAGGUCAUCUGCAACAAAAUCGUCUUCAAUUUUGGAUUGGCCACAGGUGCAAGUUACGGCUCAUUCAAGCUGUCUAUGUUCGCCGUUAAGGUGAGCACAAGUGCAAUCUUGCUGAUCAAGAAAACAAAGAUUCUACGAUGGGUGCGAGUUUCUGUUGUAUUACUAGUUCUCGGUACUGUCAUAUCGCUUGUAGUUGUUGAAACAGUAAUCCCUUCGGUAGCCAUCUUUUUUUUGAAUCACUUGGGUGCUAUUGCUCAGAUGAUAACAACAGCAACCAUUGCAGCUGUCUUCCUAUGCUUUAUUCCUUGGCGGGAGCUCAUUGACUUGAAAACCCAGAGAGAAAACCAGCAAGAUACUGUCAUGGACAACCCUGCUUAGGCAUCUGUAUAGACACCACUUGAGCAGAGACUUGAAAUACUCCUAGUAACUACCUGAACUAGUUAAGGAAACAAUACUUAAGCGACUGAACAUAACUUGUUUACUUCCUAUCAUAGGCGCGAUAUCUGGCACAAAUAGCCUUGCGAA